GGAGGGGGAUAGAGUAAACAGAGAGAACCAGGUAACGGUACCCAACCUGAGAGACGAAAUGCAAAGGAAAACCAGAGUAGCUGCAAACAGUUUAUUUUCACAGGGUCAGCAGAGAACUGAAUAGUAACGUUAUCUAUUUGUUUCUGUAAGUAUCGACUACUAUAGCAAACAAUUACAUCUGAAAUGGACCGUAAAAUUGCAGACUUCUCUGGGACGUGGAAAAUGAAGACUUCUGAAAACUUUGAAGAGCUCCUGAAAGCAUUGGGUGUGAACGUGUUUGUCAGGAAGAUAGCCGUGGCUGCAGCCUCCAGGCCUGCAGUAGAGAUCACCCAGCAGGGAGAGAGCCUCUCCAUCCAGACCUCCACCAGCGUACGCACCACCCAUGUCUCCUUCACCGUGGGACAGUCCUUCAAUGAGACCACAGUGGACGGACGCCUCUGCACGAGUACCCCUCGCUGGGAGACAGAUAACAAGAUCAGCUGUGAGCAGAUUUUGCAGAAAGGGGAGGGCCCUAAGACUGCCUGGACCCGUGAAGUGACCAAUGAUGGUGAACUGAUUUUGAUAAUGAGCGCCGGGGAUGUCCUGUGCACCAGAGUGUAUCAACGAGAAUGAAAACUUUCAAGACUGUCAAACUUUUCACUUUGUGCCUCUUUUUUCACAUUUCUUAAUUUCUACCUGGUCCGUUCGCUUAUUUAAUCUUCCAGUCAUUCAGAUUGUGGUUAACAAGACGUCAGUGGUGUGCUUUUUGUCAGACAGAGUUUGACUGUUGUGAAAGCCUUGUGCCAGUUUAUUUUGAUGUUUUGUCAGUUUUAUGUUCUCGUAUUAGCUUGUAAUGAUAUCAUUCUUCCUACACAACCAAAGCUGUAUUUAUUCUCAGCAUACCACAUGAAAUUUUUUUUGUUAAUUUUUUUUACCAAAGCAACUGUAAACCAUCCUCAAAAUGUUGUUAAAAACAAUUACAAAUUGCUAA